AUGAGCUUUCUGUGGGCUGUCCUUGGCUUUCUCCUCUUUGGCGGCAGCUCCGGCUGCGGGGUCCCUGCCAUCCACCCUGAGCUGAGUGGCCUGUCCCGGAUCGUCAAUGGGGAGGACGCUGUGCCCAGCUCCUGGCCCUGGCAGGUGUCCCUGCAGACCAGCUCGGGCUUACACUUCUGCGGGGGCUCCCUCAUCAGCCAGGACUGGGUGCUCACCGCUGCCCACUGCAGGGUCAGGAAGAGCCACCGUGUGGUGGCUGGCGUGUCUGAUCACGGCUCUGAUGGCGAGGCUGUCCAGGUGUUGAGGAUCGCAAAGGUUUUUGAACACCCGCUGUGGGACAGGAUUAUGGACACCAACGACAUCGCCCUGCUGAAGCUGGCCAGGCCCGCCCUGCUCUCCAGCACCGUGUCCCCUGUGUGCCUGCCCGGCGCCAAUUCCAGCUUCCCCUCGGGCUCCAUCUGCGCCACCACGGGCUGGGGCAAGACCCAGUACAACUCCUACAAGACCCCCGACAAGCUGCAGCAGGCGGCCCUGCCCCUCUUGUCCAACGCCGACUGCAUGAAGUUCUGGGGCGGCAGGAUCACCGACGUGAUGGUUUGCGCGGGUGCCAGCGGCGUGUCCUCCUGCUCGGGCGACUCUGGGGGCCCCCUGGUCUGCCAGAACGACGGAGUUUGGACCCUGGUGGGCGUCGUGUCCUGGGGCAGUAGCUGGUGCAACCCAUUCUUACCAGGGGUGUACACCCGCGUCACCAAGUUCAUUCCCUGGGUUCGUGAGGUUCUGGAGGCCAACUGA